AUGUCUACCACAAUAACAGAAAAAGGAACCGCUGUUUCUACCGCCACACCAAAAUCAAUUAGACCCUACACAAACUUGUUAACCAAUACUCCCAACUACUUGAAACAUGGGUCGUCUUCUGAAUCACUUGACUCAAAUGCAUCUACCAUUAAAUUCACAGCAUCUGUGUCGCCAACACCACAACCACAACCACAAGUGCGCAAGAAGAUUCAAAUACCAAACUAUUAUGUGCCACCUAAAGUGAACAUUUCUGAGAGUAGUACUACCGCCACAGAAGACGUUGUUAGACCAUCAACUCUAAUUCGUAAAAAGUCGGGUGAGAUUGUCAAGUCGUCGUUAAAAUUGUCGAGUCUAUUACAACGUUCAUUAUCCACGCCGCAAUUAUCAGCAAUGGGAAAUAAAGGCAGCACGAGAAAGUCGGUUCGUUUUGCAUCACGAUUAGCCAAUGUCAAGAUGUUUGAUGGUUGUGAUUCUCCUAGUACGGUGUCGUUGGCCAAUUCUCCAUGCACAUCUCCACCAUGUGAAUUUGAAUCUGGAUUUGAAGAUGUUGAUGUUGAUGAUGAAGUGUAUACGUUUUUGAAGAAUAAGCCCAACCGUCGUCGUCGCCAGGGAUUUGAAUGGAAUUGGGAUAAACUGAAUAAUUCAUCCUCCUCGUCAGAUGAUGAAGAUGAUUACUGGUCAGCACCGAAACAGCUUAACAAAACCAACAAGUUUUUGCCAAGUUCGGGUGUUGGUAAGACUGCACCAAGAAGUUCUGAGUAUAGAUUGACUUCACAUAAUAUUCCCAAAAUGGUCAACUCCAAGGAAUCCAUUGUUUGGUUGCCUUCGGCAUAUGUGUUAAAGACAGAUGGUAAGACUUUUCUUUAUGGGUUGGUCAAUGUUCAAAAUUUAGCAUUUGAAAAGAAGGUUUUCCUUAAAUUGACAUUAAACAAUUGGAAGACUAGUGUUAUAUUUGGUGGGCAAGCAGUGAUUAAUUAUUUCAAAUCGAUCAGCGAUAAGAUUGAUCAGUUUAAAUUCAAGAUCAGUUUGGAUGAUUUGAUUUCUUCAGAUGGUAAGAAUGUUCAAUUACAAAUGUGUAUCAAAUAUCAGGUUAAUGGCACUGAGUACUGGGAUAAUAAUUUUGGCAAGAAUUACCAAUUCCAGUUGACUCGUAUUGAUAGAAAUGUCAUCAACAAUAGUUCAAGUACUUCUGUUGGUGGCAGCAAGACUGUGAAGAAAGAUGAUGAGUUUCCUCAAUUUAAUGAAUUGGUUUCUAAAUUAAUGUUACAUCAACAAGACACACAAAUCAAGAAGAAGACAACUCUGCAACGCAAUUUCGAAGAUCUUAUCAAACCAACAGUAUCACGUCCAGUCUUGAACAAGUCGUAUUCAUCAAAUGAUAUUGUUGGUUCUACUACAAAUCAACCAAGGCCAAGAUAUUCUCAGAGACAUCAACGCAAUCAUACACCCACCACUUCUAAUCUCAGUAGACCUGAUUUUUCAAGUUUAAGUUAUGCUGAUUUGUUGAACAAUUAUUGUUUUGCCAAUAGUUCAACCACCACCCACAACAAUCCAUUAGUAUCCUCGUCUUCAAACAAUAGUUCAAUUUCUACAUCGCCAAUACCAUCUAUUUCAUCUACAUCGUCGUCUACACCAAGUACUCCGAUUUUAGCUCCAACGUGUCUGGCCCCACCAUCCACCGCAUCUACAUUCCAUUCAUUUAGUGAUUCAAUUCAUAUUUAA